AGAAAAGAAAGGAAUACAUUAAUAGAGAAAGAACAAGUUCGUGCCACUUCAGUCAUCAUCUCUCCAAGUCAAAAGGCAGCAUUUCUUCCCCCUCCUCGAUUUUGUUUUGUUCUUUUGUCCACCAGAAGCACACCCAAUGCCUCCAGUCUCCAAACCCUAACCACACAAUUUCUAAAGCUCGAGGCACCGCCGCCCUCCACCUCGGUGAUUCCUGUCUCCCUCACGCCCAAAGACUUUCUCCACUUCCUCCACUCCUCUCUCUCUCUCUCUCUCUCUCUCACCAAUCCGUUGUAAUAAAUGACCAAAGUGAUCCCCUUAUGACUACCUCCGUACCAACCCCUUCCCCUACGCCUCCUCCUUCGAUCCCCAGAGAACCCCCAGGGGAGACGGAUCAGCCCGCGGCGGAGGCAAAGGAUGGCGCCGGCGCUGGCGUCGGAGGCGCCAGAGAGGGUAGGGUUUCGGAGGGCGAUAUGGAUGUCGAGGUGGAAGGCGGAGUAGAGAAGAAGGCCAACGAAGGAGAUCACGCGAUGGACGGCGGAGACGCGCCACCGCCGGCGCCUGCGACCGUGUUCCGGAUUCGUCUUAAGCAGCCUCCGUCCAGCCUUCGGCAUAAGAUGAGCGUUCCGGAGCUCUGCCGCAACUUCAGCGCAGUUGCCUGGUGCGGGAAGCUGAAUGCUAUUGCUUGUGCAUCCGAGACAUGCGCUAGAAUACCAAGUUCUAAUACAAAUCCUCCAUUUUGGAUUCCAAUACACAUAAUCAACCCUGAGCGACCAACAGAAUGUGCUGUUUUUAAUGUCAAAGCAGAUUCUCCACGCGAUACGAUUCAGUUUAUUGAAUGGUCUCCUAGGUCCUGUCCUCGUGCGUUACUGGUGGCAAAUUUUCAUGGGAGGAUAACAAUUUGGACUCAGCCUUCUCAUGGCCCUGCCAAUCUUGUACGAGAUGCCAGUUGUUGGAAUUGUGAAUAUGAGUGGAGACAAGAUCUUGCUGUUGUAACCAAAUGGUUGUCGGGGAUGAAUCCGUAUGGAUCAAUUCCUUCAAACUCAAGUACCUUGGCUAGCACGAAGACGACCUUCGAGGAAAAGUUCCUUUUGCAGCAAUCUCAAACUUCAGUGAGGUGGCCACCUUUUCUCUGUGUUUGCUCAGUUUUUUCGUCUGGAUCUGUUCAACUUCACUGGGGGCAGUGGCCUCCUGCACAAAAUGAUGCAGCACCAAGAUGGUUUCAAACAAGUAAAGGGCUGCUAGGAGCUGGACCUAGUGGUAUAAUGGCUGCUGAUGUUAUUAUCACAGAUUCUGGAAUUAUGCAUGUGGCUGGUGUCCCACUUGUAAAUCCAUCUACGGUUGUUGUUUGGGAGGUUAUGCCGGGCCCUGGAAAUGGUUUUCAAGCAACGACAAAGAUUGCCGUGGGGUGUGCUAUUCCGCCAUCUCUAAACCCUCCUUCUUGGGCAGGGUUUGCACCUUUUGCUGCAUACUUAUUUAGUUUGCAGGAACACUUCAUUUCUGAAGAAAAGCAAGGAAGAAAGCUGACAGAGCAUGAGAUCAAUGACGUCGCAUCAUUUCACUGUUCACCUGUUUCAAACUUUUCUGCUUAUGUGAGUCCUGAGGCUGCUGCUCAGUCUGCUGCAACUACAACGUGGGGUUCUGGAGUUACUGCAGUUGCUUUUGAUCCCACCCGGGGAGGAUCUGUCAUUACUGUCGUCAUUGUUGAAGGGCAGUACAUGUCUCCUUAUGAUCCGGAUGAAGGGCCUUCAAUUACAGGAUGGAGGGUUCAGUGUUGGGAAUCUUCGCUUCAGCCUGUUGUACUUCAUCCAAUAUUUGGAAACCCUGCUUCCAGUUUUGGCGGGCAACCUCCUGUGCAGACAGUGUGGUUAACUAAAGUUAAUAAAAGCAUUGCACCAACAGAUGAUUUUAGAAAUCCUCAAGCUUAUUUAUCCAAGCCGGUGAUAUCUGAUGAACUUAACUCAUCAGACUGUAGUGUUGAGAGGACAAACCGACUCAGUUUUGAUCCCUAUGAUUUGCCAAAUGAUGUUAGGCAGCUAGCUCGAAUAGUGUAUUCUGCUCAUGGUGGCGAAGUUUCUGUUGCCUUUCUUAGGGGAGGAGUGCACGUCUUUUCUGGUGCAAACUUCAAUCCUGUUAGUAGUUUUCAUAUAAAUGUUGGUUCAACCAUUGCUGCCCCUGCCUUCUCAUCUACGAGUUGCUGCUUAGCCUCUGUUUGGCAUGACUCAUUCAAGGGCCGGACAAUACUGAAAAUAAUUCGUGUUCUUCCCCCUGCUAUUCCUAACUCACUAUCAAAAGUCAACUCAGCUAUUUGGGAACGAGCUAUUGCUGACAGGUUUUGGUGGAGCCUUAUGGUCGGAGUUGAUUGGUGGGAUGCUGUUGGCUGUACACAAAGUGCUGCUGAGGAUGGUAUUGCAUCGCUUAAUAGUGUGAUUGCUGUCUUGGAUGCGGACUUCCAUUCUCUUCCAUCUACUCAACACAGGCAACAACAUGGUCCUAAUCUUGAUAGGAUAAAAUGUCGGCUUUUGGAAGGUACAAAUGCUCAAGAUGUUAGAGCACUUGUUUUGGACAUGCAAGCAAGAUUGUUAUUGGACAUGUUGGGUAAGGGAAUAGAAUCUGCCCUUAUAAAUCCUGCGACUUUGUUAGCUGAGCCUUGGCAAGCUUCCAGUGAGACGUUAUCUGGCAUUGAUGCUGACAAAAUGGUUGUUGAGCAAGCUUUGGUUCCAUGCAUACAGGCGUACGUUGAUGCUGUCCUUGAUCUAGCCUCCCAUUUCAUCACCCGGUUGCGUCGUUAUGCUAGUUUUUGCCGUACUUUGGCUAGUCAUGCUGUUGGAGCAUCUUCUGGUGCAAGCAGUGCACGCAAUAUGGUGGCAAGUCCUACCCACAGUUCUGUAUCACCAUCUACAAGUCAGGGUUCCCAGAGUGGUGUUUCUAGUGCAAAUGGAAAUUCUCAAAUGCAAGCAUGGGUUCAGGGUGCCAUUGCUAAAAUUAGUAAUAAUGCUGAUGGAGGUUCCUCAACUUCACAAAAUCCAAUUAGUGGGCCAGCUUCCUUCACGCCCAUUAGCAUAAACACAGGGACUUUUCCUGGAACACCUGCUGUGAGGCUUAUUGGAGAUUGUCAUUUUCUUCACAAGUUAUGUCAGUUGUUGCUUUUUUGUCUAAUAUUCCGCCGUAGACAAUCACCACGCUUUAUUGGAAGCAUUCAGAAGAAUCCAGAUUCUAUCUUGCAGAAAGUGCAACCUGCUUCUAAUGGAAAAGUAGAGGAGACCAGUGCAGUCUCCCGACCAACUCUAGGAGUUGCAAAAACAGAAGAAGGCCAGCCAGUUAGGACUGGACAAUUGACUGUUGGAGCAAAAGGGCUUGAAGAAGGUCCCAUCAGCAAGUCUGUAAGAUUUGGUUCUGGCAAUGCAGGGCAAGGGUAUACAUCGGAGGAGGUAAAGGUGCUCUUCCUGAUUUUGGUAGAUCUCUGUCGAAGAACAGCUGGUCUUCAGCACCCAUUGCCUGCCUCUCAGGUUGGCGCCAACAAUAUAAUCAUACGUCUACACUACAUUGAUGGAAAUUACACUGUGCUACCUGAAGUUGUGGAAGCAUCACUUGGCCCACACAUGCAGAAUAUGCCUCGUCCCAGAGGGGCUGAUGCUGCUGGGCUUUUACUCCGAGAGUUAGAAUUACACCCUCCAGCUGAGGACUGGCAUAGACGAAAUAUGUUCGGUGGUCCCUGGUCAGAUCCAGAAGAUCUUCGUCCUUUGGAUAACAAAAUGAAGUCUAAGCUAGGAGGCUCUUUAAGCUCCCCUAUAUCAAAAUUAGUAGAAGAUCAGGAUGACCUUUCUGGAGUCCAAGGCCUCUGGCCAAGGAAGCGCAGGUUCUCCGAGAGGGAUGCAGCUUUUGGCUUGAAAACUUCUGUGGGCCUAGGAUCUUAUCUUGGCAUUAUGGGAUCUCGAAGGGAUGUUAUCACAGCUGUAUGGAAAACCGGUCUGGAUGGAGUAUGGUACAAGUGCAUAAGAUGUUUGCGACAAACUUGUGCAUUUGCACAGCCUGGUGACCCUAAUCCUUCUAACGAACGUGAAGCAUGGUGGAUCAGCCGCUGGUCUCAUGGCUGUCCGAUGUGUGGUGGUACGUGGGUUCGAGUCGUCUAGUCCCAGAAACUGUUCGUGCUUUUUGCCUCUUCUUUUUCUGGCUUUACGUAUGCAGUAAAACUUUGUACAUAUGUGUAGCUCAUAUGUGAUUAUAACUUACAUAACAUAUUCCCACAAUAGAUGGUGAAAAUAUGUGUAAAUUAGAUUUGUGUAUCACGGAAAGGCAAUGAUGGAAUCACAGGUUUGGACA